UGGAGGCGCCGGGCGCGGCCGAGGAUGGGCCGACGCGGGGCGGAUUCGCUCCAGCGACGGGCGCGGCCGGAGACAUGCCAGCCGGAGGUGGAGGAGCAGCAAGGGGCGGCGCUGGGACGGUGGAGCACCGCGGUGGACUCCCUGGAGGAUCUGGCCAAGACGGCUAGGAAGCGCAGCGCCUCCUCAUCCUCGACAUACGACCACGACUCUGUCCGAGCCAUUCACUUGAAAAAGGAUCUUGCUUCUUUCACCAACUGGACAGUAAUUGUUUUCCAUUUCGCCUGUAGGCUACAUCAAGAACGUAGAGGUAACACAGUCGACAGUGACACCCGAUGGAUGGCUCAAGACAAGGCCGGUGAUCUGUGCUACAUAGACGAUCGAGGAUGGAUAUAUGUGGAUCGUCUGAAAGAGUUGAUCAAAUGCAAAGGCUAUGAGACUCAUGGCGUGUGGUAGUAUCUGGUGGCGCGUGUGGCAACACUCACCCAGAUCGACACUAUUCUUUUACCUUCGUAGCAGCAGUAAACAAGGCAUGCUAUUUUUAUCGAUUAGCUACUUUCUUUUCUUGGUAUAAAUUUUUGAAGUGUUAGGGAGUUGCAGAUUCUGUGAUCGCGCAUUUGAUUUUUUGAGAGUCCAACACUCUGGUUCCUAAUUAAUAAUUAAUGCGUUUUCUAAACAUGGUGUGUGCCGGAUAUCGAGGUAGUCUGGGUGAGGCCGGUUCAGCCCUGACCCAUGACCUCCUUCAUGCUCCAGACCAAGUGGGACAUGCUAAAUUUCAGAUGCUUUGUUCACCAUUAUCAGAGGUCAUCAUGUACUUUGAGGCACAUAAUAUGUUCCUUGGCAGUUUCAAAUGGAAUUGACAUCAAUUCUCUCGUUUCGCAGGUCAGAAGCAGGCAUGGAGAUCUGCACCAUAGUGCAAGGGGAGAGGGGGAUUUUUCAUUUUAUUGUCAGUUAUCUAGGGUACGUAUGCAACCAUGGGAAUAUACCUAAUGCCAAGGGAACUUUUGUGGUUGCUGGAUAUGUCUAUUUACAUUAAAAUUCAUGUUUGGUGGCCGAUAUUGACAUCAGGUCUGAGAAAUAGAGGUGGAUGUGGAGCACACGCUUUAAAUUUAUAUGUGUAACCUUAUUUCCCUCGGCAACAUGAAAUCUUUGGAAAUU